AGCAUAGCGCCUCAGCCACAGGCCGGUCUGUGUUGAGCUCCGUCAGCUGACGCAGCAGCAUCUAGCAACAGUUAGCGGUGGUGUCUAGUAGGAACUGGGUGUGAGUCACUACAAGGCUUCGGUGAACAUCAUUAUAAUUAUUUCUAUUUACAAUGAAGAAAUUAAAAGGGCCCACCUCUUGACGUCCACAUUGUGGUCAAUGAAGGUCUGUCGCGGCGAGGGUGACUGACAUGGACGCUAGUGACAAUAAGGAUGUGAAGCUUUCAGCCGAAGUGGAACCGUUCAUCCCACAGAAGAAAGGUCUUGAAGGAUCCCUGGUCAGCAUGAGUCUUUCUGGAGAGGCGGGUGGUGGAGGAGGGAGCGGAGGUAUAGGAGGAGGUGGUGGUGGGGUGGAAACCACUCCCAUACCCAGCUACCUCAUCACCUGCUACCCUUUUGUCCAAGAGAACCAACCCAACAGGCAACAUCCUAUGUAUAAUGGAGGGGAGCUGCGCUGGCAGCAGCCUAACCCUACCCCUGGUGGUCCAUACCUGGCCUACCCCAUCUUGUCUUCCCCCCAGCCUCCUGUUUCCAAUGACUAUGCUUACUACCAGAUUAUGCCUGCUCCGUGCCCACCUGUGAUGGGCUUCUACCAGCCUUUCCCUGGCACCUAUGCAGGUCCUGUGCAAGCUGGAGUGGUCAACCCUGUUUCAGCAGAUGUUGGGGAAAGACCACUGCCUCUGGGGCCAGCAUAUGGGAUGGCCAGUCAGAGAGGGAGAGGCAUGAUCCGGCCUAAUGUUCUCCCAAAGCAACAGUUGGGUGUGUGCCAGCCUCCCCGGGGUCGCCGGCCUCCAACAAGGAAUGUAGCUGUGCAGAAGGAGGUGUGCACCUUGGGACCUGAUGGUAGGACCAAGACAGUCAUGCUGGUGGAUGCAGCACAGCAGACCGAUUUCCCAGGUGAUGUGUCAGGGCGGUGUGCUGCUGAGCGGGCUAGUCCUCUGCUGUGGAAGAACCGUACAAAGAGAAGACGGGCGUCCCAUCCAGCUGAAAGCUACAAUGAGCAGGGCGCCAGUGAGGCCGAUAUAGACAGCGACAGUGGCUACUGUAGCCCCAAGCACAACCAGGCAGCUGGGGUAACGCAACGAACAGCAGAGAAUACAACAGCACCCACGGGAGUAGAGGCUGGUGUAAUGACAGUAACAGGUACAUGGGUAAAUGUAACCUCCCAGGCUCCCCCAAAGGCCUGGGGGGACAGGAACGGUCAGUUUCACAGAGCAGACCAGAGGAAGACUCCUGAACAGAGAAACUUCUCACAGGAUUUCCAUAGUGGCUAUCCAGGGCGUUUGCCACCCAACCAGUCAGAUCAAAGACUACAGCCAGCAGUGGUCACUGGCACUGAGCUCACUCCAGAGCCCCUCUACUUCGAGGAUGAAGAUGAGUUUCCAGAUCUUGCUACUGGAGGGGCUGCCCAACGCAAUACCAAACCUGAAUCUGCUCCAGCGCAGACACAUGCGCAACCUAAACUGCCCAAAAACCUGCUGGAUAACCUACCAGAAAACUCCCCUAUCAACAUUGUGCAGACACCCAUCCCCAUUACAACCUCUGUUCCCAAGAGGGCCAAGAGCCAGAGGAAGAAGGCUCUGGCUGCUGCGUUGGCCACUGCACAGGAGUACUCUGAAAUCAGCAUGGAGCAGAAGAAACUACAGGAGGCAUUCACCAAAGCUGCAGGGAAGAAGAGUAAAACCUCUGUUGAGCUGGACCUGGGAGACAUGCUGGCAGCUUUAGAGAAACAUCAGCAGGCUAUGAAGGCCAGGCAACUCACCAAUACCAAGCCACUGUCUUUUACAGUUGGAACAACCACCCCAUUCCACAGCUCAGGCUCGACCAAUGUGCCGUCCACGUUGAAGGGUCAUCAGCAGCUAUACGCAGCCCCUCAUAAUGCCCUGGAUUCCACUGCACCCCGUGUCAAGAGAGGGAAGGAGAGAGAGAUUCCCAAAGUGAAACGGCCAACAGCCCUUAAGAAGAUUAUCUUGAAGGAACGUGAAGGGAAGAAAGGGAAGGCAAGUGUGGAACAAGAGUCAUCAGGCCAGGAGGAGCAUGGGGAUGACCUACAUUUUACUGAUGAUCUUACACGAGAGCCCGCCUCCCAAGAAGAGAAUGGUCUGAGUGUGCCCAGUGAUGCAUCCCUUUCCCCGGCCAGUCAGAACUCUCCAUAUAGCAUCACCCCAGUGUCCCAGGGUUCUCCUGCCAGCUCUGGCAUUGGGAGUCCCAUGGCUUCAAACGCCAUCACCAAGAUCCACAGCCGACGUUUCAGAGAGUACUGUAACCAAGUGCUGAGUAAAGAGAUCGACGAGAGUGUGACUAUGCUGUUACAGGAACUGGUUCGCUUCCAAGAGCGGGUCUACCAGAAGGAUCCUACCAAGGCCAAAUCUAAACGCCGCCUGGUCAUGGGUCUCAGAGAGGUCACCAAGCAUAUGAAAUUGCAUAAGAUUAAGUGUGUCAUCAUCUCUCCCAACUGUGAGAAGAUCCAGGCCAAAGGUGGUUUGGAUGAAGCUUUAUACAAUGUAAUCGCCAUGGCGAGGGAGCAGGAGAUCCCAUUUGUGUUUGCCUUGGGCAGAAAAGCUCUAGGACGCUGCGUCAACAAACUUGUGCCUGUCAGUGUGGUUGGCAUUUUCAACUACUCUGGAGCUGAGGGUCUCUUCAACCGUCUGGUGUCUCUGACAGAAGAGGCUAGGAAGGCCUACAAGGACAUGGUGUCAGCUCUGGAGCAGGAGCAAGCCGAGGAGGCUCUGAAAAACGACAAGAAAGUCCCACACCACAUGGGGCAUUCCCGUAACCACUCAGCUGCUUCUGCUAUCUCCUUUUGCUCCAUCUUCUCUGAGCCUAUCUCAGAGGUUAACGAGAAGGAGUACGAGACCAACUGGAGAAGUAUGGUGGAGACUUCAGAUGCCCCAGAGACUGUAGAGACUGAGCCGAGUCGCCCUGCACCUUCCAUAGCCGCCCAGAGAGACAGUGAGGCGCUGGCAGCCACCACCAACACCACCCAGCCUGGCUCCACUGCUCCCCAGCCCAGGGCGGGGCCUCUGACUCAGGGUGCCGGUGAGAGAGACGAGGUCCGGGUUGACGACCGAUUGGAGCUGGCCUCACAGCAGAGCACGGAGACAGGAUCGUUGGAUGGGAGCUGCAGGGGCCCGCUGAACUCCUCCAUCACCUCCACCACUUCCACCCUAGUCCCCGGGAUGUUGGAAGAGGCAGAGGAGGAGGACGAGGAGGAGGAGGACUACACUCCUGAGCCUAUUUCUGUGGAGGUGCCCACCCUCAGCAGCCGCAUCGAAUCCUGGGUGUCAAAGACCCUGGAAAACCUGCAGCUGGGAAAGAGCCAGGAAAGUACGGAAGAGGAGGAGGAAGAGGAAGACGAUGAAGAGGAGAGAGGGCAGAGUGAAGACGAGGAGGACCUUGAUUCAGCAGACAUCACAGAGACGAGGGUGGAGGGCAAAGAGAAAGUGGAGGCUAAGAAGGUCAACGGCUGACAUCGAUUCUCCUCCUCCCUCUUUUCUUAUAUAUUCAUUCACUCUGUCCUCUGUCGCUCUCACACAUCCCUCUUCACAGCAGCCAGCAGCUUCUCUCCUUUGUCUCUAACCCCUGACACUAGACGUAAUCUCAGGUAUCCAACCAACUGACCAACACUCAAACACAACCCAUUAACGCAUUACAGAGAAACUGAUGAACUUACAAACACACAGCAACAGACCAACCAACAACUAACACAUUUUGAGGGGUAGUAAUUGACGUUUCUUUAAAAAAAAAAAAAAAAAAAAAAAAAAAAAACUCAUCUGCCCUCACUUCUUCGGCCCAUAACCUGCUACACUUGAAUUAAGAGGGAAGUUUUUGAUUUUCCUCCUCUGAAACUGAACUCUUUUACAGUCGAGGACUUCUCUGGGAGCAAGAAAUGUUGAACUGCUGUCCGUAGCUCACAGAAAAGGAAGGUUGGAACCUUCCAGCUCCCAUCUUACUUUAUUCAGAGUCCUGCAAGGUUUACAGCUCUGCAAGUAUUUGUGUGUGUGUGUGUGCGUGUGUGUGUGUGUGUAUUUACAGGCACAUACUGUAGUUUGCAUUUAUUUUGCUGUGUUCAUUAGCUUUAUUUUUGUAAAUAAUGUGUGUUUUUUUUCACCUCACUGCUCAAUGAGGGAAAGAGAGGCAUGCAUUUCUUAAUUACUGCUUGGUUGGUAUUUAGCUUUCCUCACAGAAUGUUACAGUGUCAGGGGUUCUGUCUUUCUACCAAAACCACUCCCACCCUUCAGUCUUCAGAGAGUGUUUUAGUAAUGUGUCCCAUUCUGUAUUCAGAUGAUUCAAAUGACUUAACUUCUAAGAAGCAAAACAAGCUUUGUGUAUAUAACCUCAUCUAGGUGGUUCUACUACAGUAUGUAAUGGUGUUUCAUAUUGAUUUGCUAAGUGUGAAACUAUUUGGGGUUGUUUUCCUCUGACUGGAAUUGUCUUCAGUUCCCAGAUGUUGUCUGUGCUCCAUAAAGAAAAAAGUGCUCCUGUUCUCUUUGGUGGUGUUUGUUCUCUGAUUUGGGGGGGGGGGGGACUCUCAAGCUGUAACUUGCCUAAGACUUUUUUUGAAGUCUGUUUAUCAAAUUUAAAAUCAACACUGAGUCCCUCUGUCCAGAGAGAAAUUUGUGUUUUGGUAAAUAUACAGUUGGACACAGAACUUAAUAGUAAAGAAUUGGGUUACUAGAAACGUGGUGUAAAUUGUCAUUUUUACCAAUUUACAAAAAUCUAUUUCCUUUUCAAAAUGUCAUUUAAAUCAAAUAAAACCAGACAAGCAGGUGUUUACCGGUGUUCAUGAAGUUUAAAGGGGCCAAAUUGACAAAAAAAAACAACAAAAAAAACAGACAUGGUUGCUUACAACUGAAAUAAAUCCUUACAAAGCUCUUCUAGAUUCUAUAGACAAAAUUUUGUCGGCACCCAGCUACAACUGCCGCUGUCUGCAGUCAGUUCACCACAGCUGAGAAGCUCCCUCCUCAGGACAGAGUCACCACUCUUAAGUCAAGCAAGUCAUCACAAAGUCAUGCACAUGCUAAUGAUACGCCCCUGUAAAUACAAGUGUACAAAAGAGAUUUUGAUUUUGCAUUGUAUUAAAAAAAAAAUACAAUCAUCAUGUUCUUAAAGCCAUUUGAUAGUUUUAACAUUUUAACAGUUGGAAUCCAAUUUGAUAAUGGUAUUUGAUAGUGAAUUAUAGUGAGAUUUCAGCCUGUCUAUGAUGAUGCAGUGUGUAAAUGCAGUAUGUCGGGCUGUAUGCAAUGUAAAGCCCUGUGAUGGGAGAUGACAGUGUGCUGAAUGUCUUACUUGGGAUUAUGAAAGUAUUUCUAGUUUGAUAAAAGGUACGCUGUGUGUAGGCUUUCUGUUGCUAUGACUUCCAUCAAAGUGUUUGAAGUAUGUUAAUUGACGGCAAGUGUGUUUUUUGCACUAUGUAAAUACAGUACUGGUAAAGGUCUUGUAACUAAUGUGAACAAAAAAAAAACAAAAACAAAAAUACGGUUCAAUGAAGUACUUUUUUCAGCGUGUUCCUCGUCUUUAUAUGGAUAUUUAAGACUGUCUCCUUCAGACUGUACAUCACUAGCAACAUUGUUAGAGGCUGUUUCUCAUAAUCCUGUUAUCACUCUUAACCUAUAUGAACUGAUGAUUAACAUCAUUAAAAUGUUGUUUAAGUAAAUCA